GGGAGCGCAGCCACCGGCUUUCGACGCGCCCCUCCUUGCCGUCGAGGUGUGACAAGCCUCCAGCCAUCUCGGUCGCAGUGUGCGGGCGCAUCGACCACCACCUCUUUUCUCACACUUCGCGACCAUCGCCUCGCAGCCGGGCGCAUGGUUUCCUACCCAGACUCCCAGGUUGGGAGCAACGUCAGUGCCGAACGCGCCAGCUCGCUCACCAUUCGCCGCCCGCCGUCGGUCGCAUCGCACUCGUCGCGCACCUCGACUAUCCGGCGACACCGCCCACACCGCUCAGGAGGAUCGAACUAUGGAGGGAGCAGCGUCGGCCCGCAGAACGAGUUCCCUGUCUUUACGCACACGGGCGACGUCGAGAUUUCAAUCAGCAACGGGCGCAAGGAGAACCGGUACUUGCUGCACAAGCUGAUUCUGACCCAAUGUUCCGGCUUUUUUGAGACGGGCACGAACGAAGAAUGGUCAAGCGCCGGCGAUGGGAGUGUCGCGCAGAACAUGAGCGCGGCCGCGCUGGCAAGGAAUCCUUCCAGCUCGCGGCACGAGAGAAAGAGAUGGCGCUACGAGCUUGAUUGGGGCAGCGAUGACGACGUGCCUAUGUUGGUGCAGAAGCGCGCACAACCCGCUCUGGCCACCAUGUACGGCGACGGUACCCACCCUCCACCCGCACGCAACAAGCCCAUUGCCCCGUCCUCGGGCUACCUCCGCAGCAUGACCAACUUCUCCACCGCCCAGCUCUCGACAAGCACACCCGCACCCGUCACCGCAGACCCCGACGACAACACCUUCCGCGACUACGACAACCUCUUUCGCAUCUUCUACAACCACCCGCCCACUCUCGAUACUCUGAACAUCGCGAACGCAUAUGUCGAAUGCAAAGCCCUGCUCCAGCUCGCCGAUAUGUACGAUGCUAUCGGUGUCAUUGGUCCCAGAGUCGACCACCACUUGCUGAGGUUUCAAGGGCGGCUAUGGAAGCAGAUCGCCAAGUACCCGCCGAGUUAUCUGAAGCUCGGCUACAUGGCGCGCUCAAAGGCUAUCUUCGCUGAGGCUAUGGUGCAUGUUGUAGGCCAGUGGCCAGCAGCAAUGCCACAGUUGAGAAAUCAGGUCCCGGAUUCGGUACUCGAUCUGAUAGAAGACAAAGUGGAAGACAUGGACGAGUUGAAGGUCAAAAUUGAGGUCAAACUGUUCCGGCUCUCGCUUACCACGAGUCGCGGCGAGCGCGUGAGUCCGAGUUCAAAUUGGUUGGACUGGAUGGCUGUAUCUCUGUUCCGGCAAUGGCUCGCAGAGAACACGACACCACCGCCGGCACCCAUCCUGAAGAGCCCACGUAACACUUCCACAUUGCCUCUCCCUACCAACAGCCAAAACUUCAACACAGGCCGCGUUUUUCGAUCAGUCGGCGCCGGUGGGCCAGGCUAUCUGGGCCACGAUGAAUGCAAGCGUUUCCUCCGCCUGCAACACGACCAAUACAACAGAGAGAAUCUGAAGCGCUUCGAGCGACGGAUAGAAGAGAUCAAGAACAAAGCGAAAGACGCUGUCAAACCGCUCAUGCGCAAUUUCCUCGAACUGGACCUGCGCGAAGGAGGGCUACCAUACCUCACCUGCACACGAGUUGAUCCUCAAGACUUCCCGUGGGACGAAAUUGAUGGCGGCUGGGCUGUAGGAGUGGUGGGAGGGCAGUAGGUCGAGAGGAACAGGGCGGCGGAGAAGAGGACCGGGUUCGGGAGUUCGUUACGUGGGCUUUGAGAUUGUUUUGGCGCCAGAUACCCUUGGAUGUUCAUAUUGACUUGCGCGGCGUUGCACAUAUUAGCUAGAGACUCGUUGAUGUUCCCUUCAUGUUGACGAUUUGACGAGCGAUGAGUUAUUGAGAUAGGAAGAUUUUAGUCACAAUGUAGUAAUGACAAUGACACGAGUGUGCGCCGGCCGUG